AUGGUUGUCUGCAAUCGGGGAAAAACACCAACCUUUGAAACAGUGACACAUGAUAGAUAUCGCUCAUCGAUUAUUGACCUUACCCUCUCCUCAGCCUCUAUUUAUGACCACAUUCAUGACUGGCAAGUCAACCUAGAGGCUUGCCCCUCCUCCCAACACAAUGCAAUAGACUUUUCACUUGAUUUAUGUAACAGAACCGUUGGAACUACCAACAAUUCUACAUUCUUAUUCAACAGCAGUAAAGCUAACUGGCCCCUAUUUAAAGACUCCAUUCACCUCCGCAUGACCAACACUGACAUCCUGGAUCGCGACAUCUCGGCUCUUAGUUCUGAACAGUUAGAGUCACUUAUUGAUGAUGUCACUAACAUUAUACGCUCUGCUUGUACUGACUCCAUGCCUGUCAAGGGAAAAGGCCAGGGCAAAACAAAGCCCCCAUGGUGGUCACCGUCCUUAGAGGAGCAGAAAAGAUCCAUUAUACAACUACACCACCAGAUCCAUCGAGCUAAAUCCCUAAACCAACCCAUCGCAGACUUGGCGGCUCAACAACAACUUCUUAAGUACCAGUAUUCACGAAAUCUGCGCUCCGAAAGUACUAAAAACUUCAGAGAAUUUUGCCAACUCCAGAACAAAGAGAACGUAUGGUCUCUCACUAAUCGCCUUCUUCAGGACACCGCUCCGCGUCGCCCCCCCACCACACUUAAAAUAGGCAACACCUUCACUAAGGAUGCUCACUAG